CGAGUCGAGGAUCAUCAUCUAUUCUUGAAGAUCAAUUAAUUAAUUGAAGAGAUGCCUAGAACUUCAUCCAAGAAGGGCUUAACUGCUUCUGCUGCCUCUAAUCCUGCCGUUGAUUUGUUUCGCUCUGCUUCAAGUAAAGCAGCAAGUAAGGAACUGGAACGUAUCGAUCAAUUAUUUUAUACAUAUGCCAAUGCUUCGUCUGGUAUGAUUGACCCUGAAGGAAUUGAAUCUCUUUGUUCUGAUUUGGAAGUCGAACAUACUGACGUCAGGAUAUUGAUGCUUGCAUGGAAACUGCAGUCUGAAAAACAAGGAUACUUUUCUCUGGACGAGUGGCGGAAGGGCCUCAAAGCAUUAAGAGCUGACACAGUACAGAAAUUGAAGAAAGCACUUCCAGAACUUGAGAAGGAGGUUAGAAGGCCAUCAAAUUUUGUGGAUUUUUACUCCUAUGCAUUUCAGUACUGCUUGACAGAGGAAAAGCAGAAGAGUAUUGACGUUGAGAGCAUUUGUCUGCUGUUGGAUCUCGUUUUAGGGUCUCAAUUUCGGCCCCAAGUUGACGGCCUUACUCAGUAUUUGAGGACGCAGACUGAUUACAAGGUUAUAAACAUGGAUCAAUGGAUGGGGUUUUUUAGGUUUGUUAAUGAGAUAAGUUUUCCAGACUUGAGCAAUUAUGACUCGAACCUUGCUUGGCCACUGAUCCUGGAUAAUUUUGUCGAGUCAAUGAGAGCAAAGCAGGGUUAAGAACACUGCUGUUUGGCAUGUCACCUUGUGCCCCAAAUAUUAUUUGUUAAUGCGAAGUAUGUUUUCUGUUUCCAAAUAGUGGAUGAAUCUUGAAAUUUGUUUGAGACUGGUUUGCUGAUAAUGUAAAUAUCAUUCCCGUGCAGGAGUGGUUCAGGCCGCACGUCAAGCUGUGCAUACCAUUGUUCUGGAAAUGUUAUUUUCUUCUUUCUCUUACUCCUCUUCUGUUCUCCCUUCCCCUCUCCCCACCCCCAAAACUUGUAUGCUGCGAUAUGGAAUGAUAAGUGGAUAUAGAUUUAAGUUACUGUUAUUGGUUAUCCUUGAAGGAUUUUCUUUCUACCUUUUUUUUUAAGUGUGGAAUUUGGUUUAA